UGAACUAUUUUGUGAAUUAUUAAUAUUAACUAAAACAUGAAAUAAGUGAAUGUAACUUUACAUAUAAUUAGUUUAUUAACGCAGAGAAGUGCGGGCCAACAGACUAGUCUCCUUUAAAAUCGCACCGCAUGUUCCAUGUGUCACAUCUCCCGCGCGAACCCUGAGAAUCAAAGGCUGGCAAUCGCCACAGAAAUUGACAGACACAAACCCAUGCAAAAUACACCAAUUUAUCGCAUCUCGAAGAGCUAAUAAUUAGGAAAUAAAAGGUUCAGAAAUACCUGGGUAUUACUGCCCGAAUGCGAAAAGAAGUUGACCAUUAUGGAAGAAGCCAGCAAAUCCAGACCCGCCUCCCACAUCCUUCUUCCAAGCUCCAUCAAAGCGAACAAGGACACCACCAGAUGGGCAGAUCUCGUCUGUCGGCGUAAUGCGAGCCCCCUGUCCGUGAACGAGAUGCCCUAUCGCUAUCCCUAUGGAGCGUCAAUGGAGAUGAUGCAUGGUGCCACUCCUCAACCUGAGCUGUGAAUUGCCGAAAUGAGGGUGGCCCUAGAUAUUGAAUAUGCUUGUGAAUUGCCCAACAACAAGAUUUCCACACUCGCCAGCAGAGGAAAACAACAUCAGCAAUCUCAUUUUUGGACAAAUGACAAGAAAAGAAUAAAGCAUUCCAACAAUCCGAAAAGGACAAAUCCACUAGUCUCCUUCUAAGGGCACCCAAACCAGCAAGCUCCCACAACUCUAUAGCCACCCGCAGUGGAGGAAGGAAUGAGAAAGAGUUUCAACUCCUUCAGAACACACCGGGCAUGUAUUAUUCGUCACGAUCCGCUUGAUUUGUAGCACUGCUCGAACAAGAAAGAUCUCGCCACCAAAAGAACCUGCAAGUUUAGGCGGGAGUGGUAAGCUCCACAAUAACUUCCAGAAUCUGCAAGUACUUGAACCGACGCCCCGUCUCUGAUCCGCCAUCAGAGGCCACGCAAAAGAAGAUCCCUCUCAGCUAAGAUGCCCUGCCAAGCCCAGGACGGCCUUGGAACCGAACUCGCCUCCAAGAAUGUGGAGUGAGGGUGAUAUCGCGCUCGAUACAGUUCUGCUAACGUUGAAUCCGGAUUCAUGAGUACCCGCCAAGCUUGUUUAGCUAAGAGGGCGAUGUUGAAGCGUUCGAAACCGCGAAAUCCUAGCCCCCCGGCAAACUUGCUAUGGCACACCUCCUGUCAUGAAAGCCAGUGCAUGUCGUCUUCUUUAUCUUGAUCAACCCCCGAGAGAGUUGGCCAUUUAACUUGCGACAGGUGAAAGAUGGAAGACGAAAAGCAAACAUUGCAUAUAUAGAGGAAGCCGAACAAUUAGAUUUUAUCAUCGUUUCCUUUGCAGCCAAGGACAUAGUUUUAGUUUUCCAUGACCAGAUCCGAGUAGCUAGCCCCUCCUCCACAAACCUGAACGUCUGCGUCUUGGACCGUUGCAUAUGGGCCGGCAGCCCUAAGUACUUGUCCAGAAUAUUAGACUCAGCCACCCCAAGAAAAGUUCCCAAAGCCACUCGCUCCUGAUCAGAGACAUUAGAACUAACACACAUAGAAGAUUUAACUAGGUUAACUUUUUUGACCACUAACCCUCCCUAGCUCGUCCAACAGAGAAAGCAGAGUUGCACAUUCCGACAAGAAGGCCCUCAAGAACAGGUGAGUAUCAUCGACAAAAAACAAAUGGGAAGUCAAAGGCACAUGCCGAUAAACCCGUAAACCGUGUAAAUUCUCAGCCAUGAUCUCACUUGACAGUUUAGCCAGAAACGCUUCAGUAUAGAUGGCAUAGAGAAGGGGUGAGAGGGGGUCACCUUGAAGCAAACCCUGUUGGGCUUGAAAUAUCCAUGGGAAUGCCCGUUAAUCAAGACCAAAAAGGAUACGAUGGAGAUACAAGCAUUAAUCUAGCACCGCCAUUCGUAACAGAACUCCAUUUGCUCCAUGAUCAUCAACAGGAAUGACCAUUCAACCCGGUCAUAUGCUUUUUCCAUAUCCAGGUUAAGUGUCAUCCAUUUAUCUCGCCCCUGCACUUCGACAGUAACUAUGAGUUUUUUUUUAAUGUUUGUUACUGGUAUGUCCACACGCAUAAUUAGAUUCGAUAGGUAUUGGAUAAAAACCUAUUUGAAGAUUGUCUGCUUGAAGCGGUAGUCCAGAUUUGUAAAAAAUAGUUAAAGUUGGU